GAAUCUGUCUUGUUUAAAGUUGUCAAUUGAGCAAAACUAGGAAGAGAACUUGCUAAUUUUAUAUCUUGUAUUUCAAAUUGUUUUGAUGAUAAAAUGGAAAUUGCGCAGAAUUAUAUGGGUCCUGGAGCAACAAACACAAUGGCUCGGAUCAAUGAAAAUGGAAAUGUAGUGGGCACAAUCAUCGUUAAUUGUGAAGGUUUUCCUGAGACUACCACAUUGGACAGUUUGACUGCGGCUACCUAUUCUACGCAUAUGAGAAAUCUAUCUCACUUCGCUAACAACGCUCUAAAAGAAAUUGACGUAAUAGACGAGCUGAUGGUCCUGAGAAUGGUCUCCAAAAAGACGGAAGCAGUAGUUGUGCCCGAUGAUGAGUUUCAUUUGAUUGUGCUUAUGAGAAGACGUUAAAUAUAAUAUUGACAGAAUA